CACAUGGUGGCUGGGUUACUGAUUACAGAUAAUUGCCUAAGAUAAGACUUGAAGCACAAAGUCCUGCCAGGUACAGCGAGCCUUCAGCUACUUUACCACAUCCUUCCCAUCCCUCAGAGGACCACUGCUGCCUCUCAGGUCCCUUGGCAGAGUGAUUUUCUUCUUCCUUGCAUCUGUUGAGCACACAGCAGCAUCAUGAGUGUAGAGUCCAAAAAAACACGUGCACGUUGCUGCUCCAACUUCAAGCUCUUCCUGGCCUCCAUGGCAUUUGUAUUCUUUUCCAAAGCCUUUGGUGGAGCCUAUAUGAAGAGCUCCAUCACCCAGAUUGAGAGGCGCUUUGAUAUCCCCAGCUCCCUCAUAGGGGUUAUAGAUGGCAGCUUCGAAAUGGGUAACCUGUUGGUAGUAGCCUUUGUGAGCUACUUUGGUGCUAAGCUCCAUCGUCCCAGGCUGAUUGGAAUUGGCUGUUUGAUCAUGGCUGCUGGAUCUUUCCUCAUAGCCCUGCCUCACUUCUUCCAGGGACUGUAUAAAUAUGAGACCAGUGUGUCUCACAGUACAGAUAUCAACAGCACUGCCAGCAUCCUGCCCUGUCUGUCAAACCACAGCCUGGCUGUUGCAGAUGAGACGCCUGAUUUAGAGGCCAGAACAGCUUGUGAAAAGGCAGCUGGCUCGUCCAUGUGGAUCUAUGUAUUCCUGGGAAACAUGUUGCGUGGAAUUGGAGAGACUCCCAUCAUGCCUCUGGGUGUGUCCUACCUGGAUGACUUCGCCAAGGAAGAGAACACUCCUUUCUAUUUGGCCUGCAUCCAUACAGUGGGGAUCCUAGGACCUAUGUUUGGGUUCAUGCUCGGGUCCCUCCUUGCCAAGAUCUACGUAGACAUUGGAUUUGUAGAUUUAGACAGUGUCACCAUUAACCAUAAGGACUCCCGCUGGGUGGGGGCCUGGUGGCUAGGCUUCAUCGUGACUGGCACCAUCAUCCUUCUGUCCAGUAUCCCAUUCUGGUUCCUGCCCAAGUCUUUGCCCAAGGAGGGGCAAGAGCAGAGCCAGAGUAAAAGCACAGAGCUCACCACAGUGGCAGAGCAGGAGAAUUUCCUGCCAGACGAAAACCAGGAUCAUGAGGAGAAGAAUAAGCCAGUUACAUUCCAGGAGCUGGCUAAAGAUUUCAUUCCAUCUCUGAGGAGACUCUUCAAGAACAACGUCUUCACGCUGAUGAUCCUUACACACCUGGUGGCUGUCAACGGCUUCAUUGGCAUGAUCACCUUCAAGCCUAAGUUCAUGGAGCAAAUCUACGGUCAAUCAGCCUCCAAGGCCAUUUUCAUUAUAGGUAUAAUGAACCUGCCAGCAGUAGCUUUGGGCAUCAUCACCGGAGGUUUUGUACUGAAGCGUUUCAAGCUGGGUGUCAUCGGAGCAGCCAGGGUGUCAAUCGCUGCCUCCUUCGGGGCCUCGUGUCUGCUUUUCAUUCAGAUCUUCCUCCACUGUGACACGGCAGAGGUGGCAGGUCUGACUGUCUCAUAUCAGGGGGUUCCUCAAGUGUCCUACAACCAACAGACCUUGCUGUCACAGUGCAACAUGGGCUGCUCCUGCUCAAUGAAGCAUUGGGACCCAGUAUGCGCCCACAACGGAGUAACGUAUGCCUCACCCUGCCUGGCUGGCUGCCAGACCUCCACCGGCACUGGCAGGGGAAUGAUGUUUCAUAACUGCACCUGUACUGGGGAGAUGAUGACUCCAGGCAUGAACAUGUCCGCAGUGCUGGGCCAGUGCCCAAGGAGGAGCAACUGUGAUUUCAUGUUCAAAAUCUACAUGACUUUUUCUGUAGUGGGGUCCUUUAUUUCUGCCUGUGGGGGCACGCCGGGAUACAUCGUACUGCUCAGGUCCAUACAGCCAGACCUAAAGUCACUGGCUUUGGGUAUGCAGACACUGAUAGUAAGAACCCUGGGUGGGAUACCUCCUCCUAUAUAUUUUGGAGCACUGAUUGACCAAACCUGUUUAAAGUGGGGUACCAAGAAUUGUGGAGGACGUGGAGCAUGUAGACUCUAUGAUGCUAAUAAAUUUAGAAUGACAUUCUUGGGGUUGAUUACUGGACUCUACUUCCUCUCUAACAUGCUCUGGGGAGGCGUCUACCGCACAGUUGUCAAGAGACAGAAGAAGUUAACACUGAGGAAUCAGGCUAAAGAAAAUGGACUAGAGGGUAACACGGUGGAUAAUGGACACGCCAACAUCAGCAUUGGCAAAAACAAAGAAGACGCGGACAAUGAGAGCACUAUUUAAGGUGUUUGGGGAAGGCAACACCAUUGCAUAAUGCAGGUGAACAACACAGAUUUGUCCAUUGCCGAAGUACUGUGCUGCAUCCAUAGUGGAUUAAAUGUGGUAAUGGUACAGUGUCAGCACUCUGUUGUCUUCGAGCAGUACACCUCUUUUUUUUUUUACAAAGAUAUUAUGCUGAAAAUAUUGACUGCUGUUUGUUUACUUCAAAGGUCAAAGCGUUCAUUAUCAACAACAAUCAAAUGACAUUUAAUUAUAUGCAAUCAACUUCUGCACAAAAACAAACUUAGAGGUAAUUUUUAGCUCUACUUCAGUCAAGAAAGCAUAAUGGAUGAUGUUCACUCGUGAAGAUGUACACUUAUGAAACAUUUCAGGAUGAUGUCAAAGGAAGUAAGAAAAAAAUAUGUCAAAUAUUUGGAGAACAACCUUAACUUUUUUGGUAGUUUGCAGCUCCAAACAAACCUACUUGCUCUGAGGCCAAAUAUGAGUAAAUUGAAAGGUGUGUGCCAAUGCACUUAUUCGCUUACUUGUCCAGAGUUAGAUGAAUAGACCAAUAUCACUCUCAUGUCUGUUAGAUAAACAUAUGAAGCAUGUUAGCUGUGUCCAAAGGUAACAGAUUCAGCCUACUAACACCCCCUGUUCCCAUUCUGUGUGCUAAGCUAAGCUACCUGGCUAUCUUCAAAUUUGAACUGCAGGCAUGAGAGUGAUCAAGCAUUUCAUCUAACUAUAUAGGCAUUCUGUUUCUAGAGAAACUGAAGAAGGGUCAGUCAGGUUUUUAGUCAUGC